AUGCCGGCUGGAGGGGGGGUGAGGAAGAAGAAUGAAGAAGAGGAGGAAGAGGAGGAUGACGGGGGGGGGAUGGGGGGCUCAUUAACCAGUGCGAGAUUGGAGCCUCAGUGGCUUGCUCGCAUUCGACCACACUCGUCCUUUGAUGAGGGCUGGAUCCUCCAGCUCAAUCAGUCCCACAUGAGUCCAACUGUGAGGGAAACGAGAGAGGCCAGAGAGACUGGAGGAGGGAGACAGAGGGGGGAGGGUGAGGAGGAGGGGGAGGAGAGGGACAGACUGAGAGAGGGAGGAAAGACAGGGGAAAAAAAAGAAAGCAGACAGGAAACAGUAGAUGGUAUAUAA